AUGAUCACUGGCUUGUGAAAACAGGAGCAUUUAAAAGUACUAAAGCUAAAUGUUAAACCUUCUUGAGCCUGAUUUUCUUCAGCUGCAACUUGAGUUUUAAAGACCCCCCCCCAAAAAAAGAAAUUGUCUUAUUGUCACAGUGGUGUGGCUUUUAAUCCGGACCCAGUCUUCUUGGUGGACUUCAAGCUUCAGUUGGGGGAAGACUAGCGAUUUCCCAGCCCGCUGCUUGAGUUAAUUACUGCUUGUGGAUUGCAGCACUCGUGUCGGGAUUUCCAGGACUCACAUCGGAGGUUUUUUCUAUCAAGCGAACAAAAAAGACCAAAAGUUGUCAUCCAGGUUGCAACGACACCUGUGGAUGUGGACCAGUGAAUUUCUACGUUUGGUAGAAGUUUGACUUCAUUUUGUGAAGCAUUUUUUUGGACAACAGUUUUUCUUUUUAUUCCGCAGGAGCCUCAUGGAUUUAAACCCCAAUUACUUCAUGAUCCUUACGUAUAAACCGUGUGAUGUAGCUCUACUUUUGAUUCCAGACUUGUGAGAAACAGUUAGUCGUGGCUUAACUCUUCAGUUUUUAAGUGACCUCGACCGUUUUGCCUAAUUUUCAAGAGGGUAUGAUGAGGGACAAGCGUUCUGGGUCUUUUAGGAGGGACAGGGACAAGACAGAGAAGGCCGCCCCGAUCUCUCGUGCUCUCAGCUGGCUGAGCGUGUCCUCGCUGUCACAGCAGACCCGUAAACUGUUCCGCAGCCAGAACAACCUCCAUAGACACUCCCAAACUCCACAUGGAGUGGAUGAAGAUGGUGAUGACUGGGUGUAUGAACCCCAGCACUACACAGCUGUAUCUAAUCUGGAUGAAGAGAAAAAGUGGACUGUGCACUACACGGCUCCAUGGCACCAGCAGGAGAACGUCUUUCUGCCGGGCUCCAGACCGGCCUGCGUGGAAGACCUGCACCGCCAAGCCAAAGUUAACUUGAAAACAGCUCUCAGAGAAUGUGAUAAACUGAGGAAAGAUGGUUUCCGCAGCUCACAGUACUACUCACAGGGACCCACCUUCUCAGGCUCCUCAAACUCGCAACACGAGGACGAGGACAUCGAAGGGGAUGACGCUGAUAAAAAAUCUACAGCAUCUUCAGGAGAGGAAGAGAAAGACUCCUGCCAAAUGAGAGCACAAAGUCCCGCACAGGAGGAGGGUGUUGAGGUUGAUGGACAAAUGUCAUGGUCCAAAGCCCCGCCCCUGCCCACUCCAGAAGAGAAGAUGAGGCAGCAGGCUAAGGCUGUUCUCACAGAUAUUGUCCCCAUCGAUGUCACAGGGGAGACGUUUGACAGGCAGGCCAGCAUUCGCCGCUCCCUAAUAAACACUGACACUCUGGUCCGCCGGCCCAAGAAGGUUAAGCGAAGAAAGACUAUUUCAGGGGUGCCUGACAGCGUCCAACAGGAACUAGCAGCUAAAGGGCGCGGAGGAGAGCUUCGGCCACAGUCCAUGUUUAUCCCUGGACAGUAUUCAACACUUGGGCGAGUCAUGAAUAGGAAUUCGACUCUCCGUCGAUCUAUAACAAAAGAUUCUGGCUGCCAAACUGAGGAGGUGAAAAUUGUCCCACCCUCUGUGAGGAGAAUACGAGCUCAGAAGGGCCAAGGAAUUGCUGCUCAGAUGGCCGGCAUCUCCACUUCUGCCAUGAACAUCUCUUCUGUCUAUGAUGGGAGCUCCCCUGGAAGUUCUAUUGUUGUAAUGGAACCACAGUUUGGCAAUGAUAUCCAACGUUUUCACAGCUUGCCACGAGGUGCACGGGUCUCUCUAAAUGCAGAGCCCCUCUACAGUAGCACCCCUUUCAGGCAAGAAGACUCCACUGCAAAAGCACCUCAGCAGAUUGGGAAAUUACAAGUAGAUGAAACCGUGGUGCACAUGAGGAAUGCCCCCAGGGUAUGUAACCAAGCCCGGCCAAAAUCUCAGGAGGUGAGGGGUACUCAAAAGGAGUGGGGAUCUGUCUCAGGUCCAGCCUGUGUAGUUUCUCCACAUGCAGCCUACUCAACCUCCCUUAUACCUAAUGCUACUUUGUCAUGUUCUGCUGAGGUUAUUGCACUUCACACCACAUCAAGCCCUGGCCAGAGCCCACUUGCUGGGUCACCAUACACUAAAGCUAGACCUCUUAGCAUGGUCUCAGCUGUCAACAGUGAGAGCACUAGUAGUGUAGGCACAGGAUCACACACACCAGAGUCAGGCAUGAAGGAUACCUGCAGUGAGACUGGCCAGUCUGAUAGUAGUUUGCACAGCCACAGCACCAUUGCCGCAGGAACAUUGUCUUCAGACGAGCAAUGGAUUUACGACACUCCUGAGAAUGUCUUGCCCAGAAGGACACUGACUUCCAGCAGCUCAACACCUAUAAAUCAUCUCUAUAGUAGCCUUGAACGCUCCUCAAAAGGCACAGACUCUAGUUCACUCUACUCAAUGGACAAUGAUGGCUACUACACUUCCAUGCAUCUGGAUUCAGGUCUUAGGUCAAGGAGCCAGGGUAGUGGCCAUGGUCAUGGUAUAGGAGGAAGAGCAGCAAGACACAGUAUGUACGAGUGCCUGGGUCAGCAAGAAGACAGAACCAGCUUGUACAGUGACCACUCACUGUCACGCUCCAUCUCUCUACGCAAGCCUAAAAAACCACCUCUUCCACCAGCACGGACAGACUCCCUACGACGAAAACCUAAGAAAACCAGCUCCCCUACUGCCAAUAUUGGAGGGUCAGAUAUUCGCAAUGGUUCUCUUCUCAAUGAGUCACUAAUUGCCACACUCCAACAGUCACUUCAGAAUGGGCUGAAAGGCAAAGGGUCCUCCACCUCACCAUCUCACAGUCCUUGUAGUGACUAUGAGGACCCCUGGAUGCUUCGUCCCAGGAGCCAGAGCAGCAUCAGUGCAGGCAGCAGUGGUGUAUCUGCAGGAGGGAUGGCUCAUGUGUACUCCAUCUGUCAUGUCACACCUUCUCAUAGUGACACUAGUAGCCUCCGUUCUGAUUAUGCAGACUCUUGGGGCUACUACAUGGAUUAUCCUCGUCCAUCUGGAGAUCAAACACAGUCACCAUGCACCAAUUCACUUUCUGCUGGACAAGUGGUUGAGAUGGUAAAUGGAAGAAGCCUCCACAAUGGUAACCAGGCUACUCUUCCUCCUGCUCAGGAAGGAAGUGUAAAGCCCAGAACAGGCACCUCAUCGCCAGACAGGGUACAUCGGUUGACUUCUCCAUCAAGUGGAUACUCAAGUCAAUCCAACACUCCAACAGCUGGCACUCCCGUCCCCUCUUUUAUGAGAUGCAUGUCCCCAUCAGGCAGCAAGCCCAAACCCAGAGUGCCUGAAAGAAAGUCAUCCUUGCUCUCAUCUGUGUCCAUAUCCUCUUCUUCCACCUCUCUUUCCUCUAACACCUCUGAUUCCAACAGGAACAAUAUUCCUCCUCCACCUCCGCUUCCAGCUGCCCCUGUGGCUCUUAUACCUUUCAAUGCUCCGUCCUUUCCUCCUCCCCUUGCGCCUUCCAGCCCUGUGUGCACUGCAGACCAGAUUUUUCCUCCUCCGCCACCUGCUUUACCCACCACCCCCACUCAACAAGCAUCCAUGAGCCCUCCUUACAUCAAUUCUUCCCCCGAAUUUCCACCGCCUCCACCUCCAGAAGUGUUGAUAGACUCUGCCUUGUCGGGCCUCAAUAGUUCUUUCAGCCCUCCACCACCUCCUCCACCACCACCACUGCCUGCUUGUUCCCCCAUCCCUGCUUAUUCUCCACCCCAAAAUCAACUCCUAUCCAGCAUGACACCACCUACACCUUCUUCUACUUGUUUGAAGGAAAUUAAGGGUAGCCUAAAACCAGUGAACUCAGAAAGAAGAACAGUGUCGCCUCACUCUGAGCAGCCUAGUAAGGUUGGCUUGCCUCUGAUCACCCCAUUUGCCCUUCAGAGUGUGCAACUUCGGCCACCAAAGCGGCCAAAAAACAAUGAAGUUAAUCAGUUGGCCAGACCCCAAACAACAGAGAAGCCUCUCAAACUACGGCAUCCCACAGUUCCUCAGGUUUCUUCAAUACCUCCUAAUUUAAGGCCAUCAUCUCCAGAGAAAAAACUCUCCAUCCAGCAUAGCCAGGAUAGCCAUGUUGAAGCACAACCUGACUGUGGUGUAAAAUCAAUUUCUGAACCAACAUCCUGCCUCACAAAUGGGUCCAUAGAUCUUGACGAGGUUAAGGCCACCACUGAAGUAGAUGGUUUGGAGCCUGCCCUCUCAUCACCUGCAAAAACACCACAAAACACCACACCCAAGAAAAAGCCUCCUGCGGUUUCCAAAAAGCCCAUGUUUUCUCUCACCUUUUCAUCAGUGGAUCAUGUCAGUGAUUUGCUGAGUGCUCAAAAUGACGUUAACAUCUCUACAACUACGCCUGAAGGUCUGGACCCCACACCUGUGCCAGAACAGGAAGAGACAACUGAGAAGGAUAGCAUUGGAAUUUCUGUUCCUCCUGAGGAGAUAAGAGACAUUUCUUCCACAAAUUGUGAAGCUCAGGAAUUCUCCCAGACUUCUGGUACCAUCAUUAUUGAUGCAGACAUGGGUACCAUUGAAGGAAAGGAUGGAGAAGAGGGAGAUGAUGAAGAUGUAACCAGCAGCACAGAAUCUUUUGGAUCUAAAGAUGAUGAAAGUGGUGAGGUGUUUGAGUCCAGCAAGUUGGACGUCGCUCAAUCUCCCAGCAUCAACGCCGACAGCGGUGGGGACAUGGUGACCCCCACACGGCCCCGCACCACAGAGGACCUCUUUGCUGCCAUUCACAGCCUGGACCAGUUGAACAUGAACACCCCCCAACAUACGAGGUCGAAGCGGAAGGUCCUGGGGCGCAAGGAAUCUGAAGAGGAGCGUUCACGAGGUCCUCUAUCCCCACCAGUCACCCCCACAGGAAUGGCCCCCGGUUCGACCUCCUCCCUGCCACGGCAAACAAGCUCCAUACAGCGUAGCCUGCGCAAAUCCCCGACCAGCAGCGACACCUUCAAGGCCCUCCUGCUGAAGAAAGGCAGUCGCUCCGAGACCAGCUUCCGCAUGUCUGCCGCCGAGAUGCUGCGCAGCACCGACCCGCGCUUUCAGAGGACUCGCUCUCUCGACUCCUCGCUCGAUCCAGCAUCUCCGACGGGCGAGAGCCCCUGCUCUUCUCCAGGCCGGAACAAAAGGGCGUCUGAGGACUGGGCGCGCAACGAGGGAAUGUUCUCAACAUCCCCGUCAUUAAUCGGGCCGAAGUACGGCCGAUCCCGCACACCGCCCUCUGCCGCCAGCAGCAAGUACAACGCCCGCAGCCGGAUCCUCAGCAGCCCCAUGACAGUUAUUUGCGAGAGGGAUGGAGAACUCACCGACUGUGAAGACCCAUGCCCUGUUUCUCCAUCAAACAUGCCCCUUCCCAUCUCUCAGAACUCUAACAGCACUUUAUGUGAGCAGAGCAGCAGUUAGGAGAAGAAAUGGCUCCUUGGCAAAGGCAGAAUGUCUUCUCGUAACCAGAGAUUGACUGAGGGCAGAAGACCAGGAGUCGAACUCUCGAGGGUCUUGCUGCCCGCUAAUCCAGGCAGCGCUGCCUGAUAUUGUAGUGUGGGCUAAGACAUGCGGACCCGAGGUAGAUCAAGCUGUCAGCUCAAGCAGUAGGCGGUGUACUGCUAUACCUAUAGCUCUUCACAAAUAAACUAACCUAUCUAAUCAAAUU